AUGAACGCAAAAGAAUUGAAAGCGAAACCAGUUUCGUUUGAUAUGAAGGGAUUAGACCAAUGUGAUCAGCAUUAUAAAGAUUUAGAGUUCUUCUGUGAAGAUGAGAAUCAGCUAUGCUGCAGUACCUGUGCUAUUGUAGAUCACCGGAAAUGCCACAGUGUCGCAGAAAUACAGAAGACUGCCGGAAGGUCUGUAUCGACACGUUCCAAAUUAAAGGUAAAGUUGCAGGAAAUAAGAAAGAAAGCUGAAACUGUCGUUAAAUAUACUAAGUCAUCAAAGGAACGACUGAAUAAAGAUGUUAAAGAAGUGACUGUAAAAAUUACACGAAUGCGUGAUACUGUAAUGAAAAUGUUUGAUGAUUUGGAAGUUUCCGUUGCUAAGGACGCUGAAUCAUUUAAGACAGAAACACUCGAUAAGCUGACAAUGAAGCAGUCAAACAGUGAGAAACAUGUUGCUGAUGCAACAAAAUCUUUGGAAACAAUUGAUAACGUUCAUCAGAAAGGGACACCAUCACAACAGUUUAUACUGGAACAUAGAAUGAAGAAACAAGUCGAUGAACUUAGCAGGAACGUUGACAAGGAAUGUCAGAGGUUAGAGACUGUGACAGUUUCAUUUGAUUUUGAUGAAACACUGAAACUGCCCCCACUUCCGACUUCUGAUUACGUUCCAGGACAACUGACAAUAAAAUACUCUCUGUCUGAAGACGUAAAACCCAUCGCACCUAUAGAUCCGAUUGUUAAGUUAACAGAGAUUACUUCCAUUGAUCUGAAGCAGACUGGAGAUGAUGUCCAAGAACCUUUAUACACAGGACUUAAUUUCCUGCCGGAUGGUAGACUGGUUGCCGUGGAUAAUGGGAACAUGAAAUGUUUGAUUUACAACGAAAAGCUUAAGAUAGUAGGAUUAUAUCAGUUAUCGUAUCGGCCAAAAUGUGUUGUUGCUGUAUCUGAGGAGGAAGUGGCGAUAACAAGUACUAAUCAAUACAAGAUAGACUUUCUACGUGUCAAUAAAUCUAAUAAAAUCACUUUAUUUAGGACAUGUAAAGUUUAUACACAAUAUGAGUCUAUAUGUCCGAAAGAUGAGAGACACUUUGUUGUUGGAACUACAGAUGAAAUUAGGCCUGUUCGUAUUGUAUCUCUGUCAGGGGAUGAGAAGGAUUUUAGUAUCAACUUUCCCAAUAAGAAAUAUCCUAUAGGCACUAGUGUUUGUACAUAUAUUAGAAACAGUGACAAAGUAGUUCUCACUGAAAGAUACGAGCAUACUGUCUACAUAUAUGACAUCAAGAGCAACACCAGAGUUGUUGUCAAGGACGACCAGAUCAAUGAACCAAGAGGUGUGAUAAUAGGUCCAUCCGACUGUAUCCUUGUCUGCAGCAAAGGCACAAAUUCCAUUGUACAGAUCUCCCAGACAGGCCGUGUCAUAUCAUCGUACAAGUUAGAUAUGAAAUAUCCAUACAGUGUCUGUGUUUCCAAGGACAAAUCAGUUAUAUCUGUCACAAAUAGCUCGAGUGGUGGACUAAAGUUGCAGUUGCUAAAAAUUACAUUUUAA